AUGAACAAAUAUAUAAAAUCCAAUGAACACAAAGUUUUAGUUGAAAAAUCAAAAGUUGGAUCAACAAAACUUGUAACAGAAGCUACUCGGUACUCAGGUUAUGAUGAUAAUUCUGAUCGAUUAGAUCAGCAACAACGACAAGUUGACAAUGUGAACAUUGACAUCAACAAGUGUGAUGACAAGAUGAUAUUAAAAAAAAGAAAAAUAUCAAGUGAUGAAAUUUAUUCCAAGAAGAGAUUCAAAGAAGAGGAAGAAAAAUUAUUUACAGAACAAAGUAUAACCAUUAAAGAUGAAAUGUUGCCAGUUACAGAUGAUUCAAUUGAUAUUGUUGAAAUAAAUAACUCGGACAAUCACUCAUUAGGACCAGAAAUAAAGUCAAAUGAAAUUUCCAAAGAAAGUGUAACCAUUGAAGAUGAAACCUUGUUAAUUACAGAUGAUUCAAUUGUUGUCGAUAUAAUAAAUAACUCGAGUGAUCACUCGAUUGGACUAGAAAAAAAGUCAAAUGAAAUUUCCAAUUCAUUUAAAGAUUAUAAUCAAAGUUGCUCGAAUGAAGUCAUUGAAAUUGUUGAUCAUCAAAAAAACACAAGAAUUCGUACUGGAUCACUUGCUUCUACAAAAUAUAGUGUUUGUAAAAUUAAAGUAACGAGUGAAAUUUCUUUUAAAGAAAAAACACGUGUAGUUAAAUUAGCAAGCGAAAAUCCAAGUUGGUCAUUAGAUAUGUUAAGAGAACACAGUGGAUGUAAAAAUAUUAAAAGCCGCUAUCAAGUUGAAUUGUGGAAAAAUCAGAUUGAACGAGGAGGAACUCUUCGUCAAAAAAUGAACGUGGUAAAUAACUGGGUUAUAAAUAAGUGCAUUGAGAACCAAAAAAAAGGAGAAGUAGUUACACAUGCGAAAAUUAAAAGAUGGGGACUUGAAGCAAAAAAAAUAUUUAAACCUAUAAAAUUUUCAGCAAGUGUUGGCUGGUUAAGAAUUUUAAAAAUAAACCACGAAAUUACCGGUCAACCAAAUAAUCUGAAAAUUGAUUGUAAUUUGCAAAAAAAAGAAUCACUUACUUUCUCGAGAGUUUUCGUUCCCCAUGAAAUAAAAGUUAAAGUUGUUAAUCUUGCAAAUGAAAAUCCACAUUGGAGUUUAAAAAUGUUAAGAAAACAAAGUGGUUGUAUUAAUCUUGAAAACAUCGGUCAACUAGACUAUUGGAGACAGGCCCUUGAGAAGGCUGAUCAACACUUGUUUACUGACUCAUUUAAUGUUUGUUGGGAACUCUUAAAAAAAAAAGAAUAUUAUCUCAGUGAACGUGAGACCAAUAUAUUUUCAACGUUGUCAUUAGAUUACGGUCAUGACAUGUAUGAGGCCAUGGUGAUAUUUAUGAAGAAAAUUAUAAAUUCCAAUAAACACAAACUUGCAGUUAAAAAAUCAAAAGUUGGAUCAAUCGAAAUUGUAACAACAGAAGCCACUUGUGAUUCAGGUUAUGAUGAUAAUUAUAAUCAAUCAAAUCAACAACAACAAGAACAAGUUGACAAAGUGAACAUUGACAUUGACAACAGUCAAGGCAAGAUGAUAUCUAAAAAAAGAAAAAUAUCAGUUGAUGAAACCAAGAAGAUAUUCGAAGCAGAUAACAAAAAAAAUAACUGUGAUGAUUCAAGUUAUGCUAAAAAUAUACGAAUUGAAGAAAAAUUAUUUUCAGAACAAAGUAUAACCAUUAAAGAUGAAAUGUUGCCAGUUACAGAUGAUUCAAUUGAUGUUGAUAAAAUAAAUAACUCGGGCAAUCACUCAAUUGGACUAAAAAGAAGGUCAAAUAAAGUUUCCAAUUCAUUUAAUAAUAAUAAUCAAAGUUGCUCGAAUGAAGUCAUUGAAAAUGUUGAUCAUCAAAAAAACACAAGAAUUCGUACUGGAUCACUUGCUCGUAAAAAAUAUAGUGUUUAUACAGAAAAAGAUGAUGAACUAAGCUGUACUGCAGACGAAAAUAAAGUUGGGAAUUGCCUAAAUCUUGAACGUAAAAUUAAAAUAACUAAUGAAAUUUCUUUUGAAUUAAAAACACGUGUAGUUAAAUUGGCAUGCGAACAUCCAACUUGGUCAUUAAAGAUGUUCAGAAAACACAGUGGAUCAGGAGCCACUCGUGACUCAGGUUAUGAUGAUACUUAUGAUCAAUUAAAUCAACAACAGCAACAACAACAACAACAACAAGUUAACAAAGUGAACAUUGACAUUGACAACAGUCAUGACAAGAUGAUAUCAAAAAAAAGAAAAAUAUCAGUUGAUGAAAUUCAUUCUAACAAGAUAUUCAAAGCAGAUAACUGUGAUGAUCCAAGUUUUGCUCAAAGUAUACGAAUUGCUUCUUUAAAUAAAAACUUAGUUAAAGAAUUACAUAUGAUUGGCAUGAUUGAAAAGGAAGAAGAAUUAUUCAGAAAAGAAAGUAUAACCAUUAAAGAUGAAAUGUUGCCAGUUACAGAUGAUUUAAUUGAUGUUGAUAAAAUAAAUAACUAUCACGAUCACUCAUUCAAAAAUAACUGUGAUUAUUCAAGUAAUGCUAAAAAUAUACAAAUUCCCACUUCAAAUGAAGAAGAAAGUGUCAGUAUUAAAGAUGAAAUCUUGUUAAUUACAGGUGAUUCAAUUGAUGUUGAUAAAAUAAAUAACUCAAAUGAUUACUCAAUUGGACUAGAAAUAAAGUCAAAUGAAAUUUCCACUUUUAUUAAAAGUAAUAAUCAAAAUUGCUCAAAUGAAAGCAUUGUAAAUGCUGAUCAUCAAAGAAGCACAAAACUUCGUACUGGAUCACUUGCUGCUAAAAAAUAUAGUUUUCAUACAGAAAAAGAUAACAAAACAAAUAACUGUGAUGAUUCAAAUCAAGCUGAAACCAUACAAAUUACUUUUUCAAAUGAUAACUCAAUCGACAAAUCAAAUAUGGUUGAUUUCAUUGAAAAGGAAGAAAAAUUAGUAUAA